GAGUAUGUAGCGGGAGGAGGGAUGUGUGCCGGAAGUUCUCAUCUCGUGACGCAACGGAUUAUGUGCCGGAAGUAGCUCUGGGACGCUCUGCGACUCUCCGAGGAGGGAACGGAGCUAAGCUAUGGCGGCUCCCGCGAUUCCUCCGCCGCCGCCGCCCGGCGGGCCCCCCGGGGUGCCGGGCGGGGGGCCUGGGAAAGGGCCGGCGGCUGUCGCGGGAGGCGCGAAGAGCGGGGAGGAGCGGCUGAAGGAGAUGGAAGCCGAAAUGGCACUGUUUGAGCAGGAAGUGCUUGGUGCACCUGUCUCUUUGCCUCCUGUUGCCCCCGUGGUGGAAGCUGUCCCAGUGGCCCUCGCAGUGCCAGCUGCCGUGCCCCCUGUCCCUGUCAUCCGACCCAUCAUUGCCACCAACACUUAUCAACAGGUCCAGCAGAGUCUGGAAGCCCGAGCAGCGGCAGCAGCGACUGUGGUGGCCCCUAUCGUGGCUCCUCCAGUGCCCUUUGUGGGCCCAGCUGUCCCCCCACAACGACCUCCCAUCCUCCGACCCACCUUUGUGCCUCACGUCCUGCAGAGAUCUGGUGGCCCCCGACCCCUGCCGAUGCGCCCUCCUCAUCACCAGCCCAUGGGGCCCCCCAUGUCAGGUCCCCAGGGCCCGCCCAUGCUGAUGGGACCACCCAUGCAGAGAGCCCCUGGGCCGCCCCUGGGGGGCAUAGGGCCCAUGAGGCCCGGUCCUGGUCCUCCGGUUGGCCCAGGGCUCCCCGUCGGCCCUCUGGCUCCACUGGUACCCGUUCCUCGGCCUGUGGUGGCGCCUCCAAAGGUGAAUCCCACCGUCAUCCAGGCAGCUCCGACUGUGUAUUCCUCUCCGCCUGUGAAGAAGCAAGAGGAGGAGCACCGAGAGCCCCCGCCGCCUGUGGUGGAAGAGAAGGAGCCCGCUGGGCUGGAGGAGCCGGUGAUUGGCCCCAGCAUGCCGGAGGUGGAACCUGCCCCGGUAGUGGACGUGCGAGGGCUUCCUCCGCUCCGUGGGCACGAGCUGGCGCCAGCGAGAGGGAAGCGCUCCCGGGGAGGGGAUUCUGGAUUUGUUCCCGUGGAGACUGUAGUGGAGAGCACACCUGAGGACAAGAAGAAAACGAAGCAGGAGAAGCUGAAGCGCUGCAUCCGCACUGCCGCUGGCACCUGCUGGGAAGACGCCAGCCUGCUCGAAUGGGACCCUGAUGACUUUAGGAUCUUCUGUGGGGAUCUGGGCAACGAGGUGAACGAUGACAUCCUUGCCCGCGCCUUCAGCCGCUAUCCCUCCUUCCUGAAGGCCAAAGUCAUCCGGGACAAGCGCACUGGCAAGACCAAAGGCUAUGGCUUUGUCAGCUUCAAGGACCCCAACGACUAUGUCCGUGCCAUGCGGGAGAUGAAUGGGAAGUACGUUGGCAGCCGGCCCAUCAAGCUGCGCAAAAGCAUGUGGAAGGACCGCAACAUCGACGUGGUGCGCAAGAAGCAUAAGGAGAAGAAGAAGCUGGGGCUGAGGUAGCCAGGCAGAGGCGGCAGCAUCUGCUAUGGGCAGGCCCAGGGAAGCAAGGAAGGAGCCAUCCUGCAUCUCUACACAGGCCUGCCUCCUGGUGGGGGAGAUGCGGAGCACAGGAACACUCUGCCAGCAGGAGCUCUCGGGCGCUCGACAGCUCCUCCCAGCAGCCGCCUCACCAGAGACAUUCUGUCCACAGAGAUAGUUGUGUGCAGGUGGAUGGACCUGGACCCCUCUCCAAGCUCUCUACAGAUGGCUUCGUGGACUCGUUGCUAAGGAGACCACAACCCACAGUCCCUGCUGCGGGGGGGGCGGGGGGGGGAGUCGGCGUGUACCAGUUUUCAUCGGCGAAAGCAUUCUAAGCCAAUAAAUUUCUGUUUGGA